CCACCCUUGUGAAAGGUGUCACCACCGGCAAUCGAAGAGAGCGCUACUUUGGAGGGGUAUGAAUUCAACCCGUAAACUGUGUAGAGCGAGAUGCAUGCCAAAAAUCAAUAUAUAUAUAUUUGGAGCAUUGGCCAAUCAUGAAAGAAACUGUCGGCCUUAACUAAUGGUAUCAGUAUGGGCAGAUAGGAACACCUCUAGUCCCAACCGAAACCUUGAAUCUGUUACUGCAGCUGUGGCUUUAUUAGGCCUAAGGAUAGUCUAAUUGGAGCUGACUUGGCCUAGGGCUUAGACCCUAUUGGCAAGCAAAGUUUGCCCCCUCUUCCCUUUUAUUUUGGCAGGUCCUUUGGCCUGUAACCUAGACAUAGCAUAUCCUAGCCAAGCCAAACUCUUCUCAGGCCAGAUAAAAAUGUGUUUAACAGCAUGCCCUUCAGGUACCUGUAUCAGGUGCAUCUGUGAACUUGCUUGGAACCUGCAUUUUCAGGUGUGAUAAGACUGAACUGGGAUAAUCCGAAAGAUAGAAAAAAAUCUCACCAGAAGCAAGUGUGCCUAUGAAAUUGUUACAUCCCAGCUACAGCCAUGAAGUUGAAACCCAAGGCUCAUAUGGGACUUCAUCAAUACGUUGUUGAAAGAUACUUGGAAUAUGUGAAGCAUUAUGAGAGUGCAAUUGAGAGAAACUUUCCAAGGGCUUUCCAGAUAUACAAGACAUUUAGUGUUGGCAUGAAAGAUUUUCUCAGUGAUCUUCGAGAUUAUGCUAAACUAACACUUACCAAACCAGCUACUUCUGGAGGGUAUUACAAAAUGAACAGACGUGAGUCAGAGCUCUGUUAUCAAAUGCCCAAGCACAUGCUGAAAAUGGGCCCCAUUCUCAUUUUGACUGCACUUCCUUUUGUCAGCUAUGGCCUGUUCCCAUUAGUUGUCAAAUAUCCAAGGGCAUUCCUGACACCUCACUUCUGGUCAGUGCAGCAGAGGAUUGAAUUUGCUCUCAAGAGUCACAGAAAGAAGUUGCAGUUUUAUCAACCUGUACUGCUUCAUCUUCAGGCUCUCUCAGAACACAUGGAACAUGGAUCAAUGAAGAAUGAAUGCUCAAAGGUAAUCUCAAAGCUUGUGUAUGGUGUCCACCCAACAAUUCCAGAUUUGCUUCGUAUCCAGGGAGCCUUCAGUGAACAGGGCCCCUUCCAUCUCAGUCACCUCAACUCAGCACACAUUACCAAGCUUCUACACAUGCAUGGGAUCACAGCAUGGACAUGCAAAAGGCGGGCUUUGAGGAAGUAUGGCUUAAUGCUCCUUCAAGUUGACUCCGCUUUGUAUCAUGAGGGCAUUUACCUCUUGCAGUCAGAUGACCUUAGAAAGGAGUUGUUCCUGCGAGGAGUGAACCCUUCCAACAUGUCUCGCGAGAAGAUGCUGGAAUGGCUUGAAAGCUGGCUCACUCUAAGUCAGCAUGUGAAGCCAAAUAUUUUGUCUCUUCUCCUUCAUUCUCCAAUAUUCCUCAGUUACAAUCAUCCAAUGAAUUGGGUUCCAUUCUACCCAUCAUCUAUGCAUUGAAAAUUCCAGGAGUUUCAACAUCUUAUGCAUUAAUUUAACAGUCUUAGUUAUCCUUUAGUGGUUCCAUUUGCUGUGAUAUUUUGGUGUAGAAUGUGAUAUUCAAAUAAAUGAAAUUCUGUCAGUCA